AUGGCAGGUUCACUCUCCGACGACGAAUUCAACGACGAAAACUUCAUCGUCGACAUCGACAGCAUUCAAGCACACGGCAUCGGCGCCGCAGACAUCACAAAACUAAAAACAAAUGGAUUCUACACCGUUGCCUCCGUCCACGGCGCCACGCGCAAAACACUUCUGAAAAUCAAGGGAUUCAGCGAGAUCAAGGUCGAGAAGGUCAAAGAAGCGAUUCAGAAAUGUCUGAGACGACAAGACCCUGACUCUAACGAUCUCAUCCCAUUCCAGCCAUCUGCAUCAGGAUUCAUCACCGCCAUGGAUCUAUUCCACCAACGCAAAAAGGUCGUCCGCAUUUCAACCGGUAGCAAACAAUUCGACUCCAUCCUCGGCGGUGGCUUCCAAAGCAUGUCAAUAAGCGAAGUCUUCGGCGAAUUCCGCUGCGGCAAAACCCAACUCUCCCACACAAUGUCAGUAAUAGCCCAACUCCCGCGCAGUCUCGGCGGCGCCAACGGAAAAGUCGCAUACAUCGACACCGAGGGGACCUUCCGACCCGAAAGAAUUGUGCAAAUUGCGGAACGAUUCGGGGUCGAGCCGGAGACUGCGCAGGAAAAUAUUGCCUACGCGCGCGCGCUGAAUAGUGAGCAUCAGCUUGAGUUGUUGAAUACGCUUAGUUGUGAGUUUGCGGGAGGAGAAUUUCGGUUGCUUGUUAUUGAUUCGAUUAUGAAUUGCUUUCGGGUCGAUUAUUGUGGAAGGGGGGAACUUGCUGAGAGACAGCAGAAGCUUAAUCAGUUUCUUAUGAAAUUAGCGCAUAUGGCUGAGGAAUUCAAUGUUUGUGUUCUCAUGACAAACCAAGUUCAGAGUGACCCUGGUGCUAGUGCACUGUUUGCUGGAGCUGAUGGCCGGAAGCCUGUUGGAGGGCAUGUUCUUGCGCAUGCGUCGACCACCCGUGUGCUUCUCCGCAAGGGUCGUGGUGAAGAACGAGUGGCCAAAAUUCAAGACUCGCCUGACUGCCCCGAGCGAGAGGCGACUUAUAUCAUUACGAAUGGAGGUAUCAAUGAUCCCGACAAGCUAUGA